AUGAACCAUUCCAUUCACUGUGUUGGCAUAGAUCUUGGACAUAAGAAUGCAAUUGUUGCAGUUAACACUAACGGAAUAAUCAAAGUCUGCGCUGAUUCUUCAUCUACAAAGAUAUUUCCAACUUUGAUAUCGUAUGGCGAAGAAAGACGCUUUUUUGGAGAUCAAGCUCAACUGAACCAACCCGAUAACAUAAGUUUUACAAUUGCAAAUCUCAGAAAAUUGAUUGGUUUACAAUAUAAUUCACCAGACCGAGAAAGAAUUGAACCUGAUUUUAGGUUUUCCUUGUGUAAAUUGGAAAAUGAAUUAACUGGUAUUUGGUGUAGAAAUUUUCCUAAACCAAACGCUUUUUCACCAGAACAAUGCAUUGCAUCAUUUUUAAAGCAUUUAAUUAACAUUGCUAAAAAGGAAGAGAAUGACCCAGAAGUAAACAAGUUAUAUUUAUCGGUUGAUCCAGAUUGUUCAAAUAUUCAAAGAAUUGGACUUUUGAAUGCAGCAAAAAUAGCUGGAAUAGAUUGUGAACUUGUCACAUCAACAGUUGCUGCAGGAGCAGCAUAUAUACACUCUCAUACAGAUAAAAUAGAACAAGAUCCUUAUCAAUCAAAGACAAUUUAUGUAGUUGACAUUGGUGAUUCUUCAUUAAAGGUUAGUAUCCUCAAAUUGUUUCAAAAUUCCAUUGAAGUAAUUGCUCAUCAGCAAAAAAAUGAAAUCAGCGGCAGAAAAAUCACUGAACUUCUAACUGAGUACCUCCUCAACAAAAUAUCACAGAAAUACUUCAUCAAUCUCAGAAACGAUUUGAGAAACAAAUCCUCGUCCAUGCAUCAAUUUCUCAAAUCCGUUGAAAAUGCCAAAAAAAUUCUCUCAGCAAAUACUUCUGUCCAAUUUGAAUACCAGUAUGGUGAUAAAUACAUCAGUUUUCCCAUUAAUAGAGAAGAUUUUGAAGAUAUUAUCGAAGAAUAUGCAGAAUACUGUGCAUCAUUUGUCAAUGAACUGAUCGAAACAAGUGAUGACUUUCCAACCUUCAUAGAACUCAUCGGAGGAACAUCCAGAAUUCCGUUAUUCCGCAAAAAGAUCGAAGAAAUCGGAAUUAAGGUUGUUUCAAACAUCAAUGUUGAUGAAUGUGUAGCCAUUGGAUGUGCUAUGAAACCUUCUUUGCAGAUUGCAGACAUAUUAUAUCGUCCAAUUGAAAUUGAAUCGGAAAAUAUAAUAGUUUUCGAUGCUCUUGAGUUCAUUCCAACCAUAACAAAGUCUUUUAACAAAAUUGUAAAUUUCUCAUGUAAAGUAAAAGUUGAGUCAAAUGGCAGCGAUUACAAAGUUUAUGUUGACUCAAAUGGAGUUUUCAGAGUCAAUUAUGACAUCAAUUACGUAAAAGUUACAAUUCCAAACGAUUUUUCUGAAAAUCAAAUCAAAGAAUUUAGAAAAAUUGAGAAAUCUUUGAAAAAACGCGACAAAAAUGUUAUUGAAAGCGACCAUUUAAAGAUCAUGCUUGAGUCAAAGAUAUAUGAAGCGGAGGGAAUCUUCAGAGACAUGAUCAAUGAAUUAAUGAAGAACAAAAAAUUCAUGAAUGAAGAACAAUUAUCAAAGGAAAAAGAAUUAAAGAAAAAAGAAUUAUUAAAGAUAUUUGAAUUCCAUAAACUAGAUCAGAUAGCUAAUGAGAACAGAAAAUAG